ACCCGCCUCCCUCUGACCAGGCAAAGAAUCGGCGGUUACCAGCCCGUCGGUCCGCACCGACCCCGGCCAGCUUCUUCCCUCCCUCGCCAACACCACUUUUCGCACCAUUUUUCUGCCUCGACGCGUCAAUUUUCCUCCUCCCACCAUCUGCCCAUGUCGACUUCCACUUCCCUGCCCACCACUCCGGAGAAGAAGAGCUCGGCCCAGGAGAUGAAUUGCCAGAACCUCACCCAGACCUUAGUAGAGUCCUUCAACGCUCUGGCUGAUGAAGUCCAGAAUCUGAGCGAUAGACAGACCGUCUUAGAGCACAAGCUCCGAUACGCUCACGAGCAGUUCCAAUAUCUCGCCGACAAGUAUGCACCAGCCGCACCGGAGAUAUCCGAGACUUUGUUGAACCUCCAGGUCCCCCCGGAAUUGCACAACCCGUCGCUGGCCAACACCAGUUUCGUCCCCCUUCCCAAGCGCAAGGCCUCCGACUCGAAGCAUCAGAUCGCCAUCAUCAUCAGGGAGGGUAGACGUGUCGCUUCCUCCCUCACAGCCACCAGCAAGAGCAGCCGGUCCAGCCGGGACAGCUUCCCUCCUACCACCAUGACCACCCUCUCCACCAUUCUCGAGCAGGACUUCACCGUCGCCGGGAAGAAGGGCAAGCUGGAUUGCCCCUUCUCUCAAGCCGACGCGAAAGGGAAGCAGCCCGGUUCUCGUCACACUGGGCCACCUACGGCAACACACGACGCCCAGGACCCGAUCUGCGCCGCCAUGUACGACGACACGCACUCGCAAGGCGCCGCCACCAAGUGUCCCAUCCGCUACCUAGACCAGCACUCCCCCGAAGAGAUCGCGCACUACUUGGAGACGCACAAACACGAGCUGCCGAGAAGCCACGAGGUCUGCGUGAGGAGAUAUCAGAAGAACGAAGAGCAUAUCAAGAAACUCGACGCCAAGUACGGCAAUCUCGCCAGCAUGGUCGAGGGACUCAGCCGAAUCCACCAACCCAUGCUGCCCGACCAGGACACGCGGCCCCAGAGCGAGGUCGAGAGAACCCCCAACGAGCGGGUCGAGACCUGGGCGCAGACCGUCAGCGCCUCGGCUACGGAGGACCCGGAACGCGCCACCCCCGAGCACGACGGAGAUGACAUGGAGCGGCAGAGCCACUUCGACCGCCCGCUCAAGGAGGUGCGGGUGGGCGAGUCUCCGAGCCGGCCCUGGGGCAUCUCGGUGCCCAUCUUCGACACGCCGCCGGGCGCGAACGGCCUAGGCCGGCCCGAGUCCCCGCCGCCCGCGCCCGUCCCUAUCCCUUCGUUGCUGCCAUCGUCCCGAGCGGAGACGCCGGCGAAGAGAAUGGGCAAGUGCCCCUUCGACCACACGAAAUUGACGACGCCGACGCCGAAGGCGGUGGGUGGCGCGGCCUCGACCAAGCGCGAAGACAAGGGCGCCUCCUCGGUGAGGCUCGGCGACGUCCCGGUGGCCGCGGCGAGCAGCCAGCCCUCCAUCCCCGCACCGCCCGAGCCGGCGCGCACAGCCGUAAACCCCCCCUCGUUUCAGCAAACCCACACCCAGCCCGCCUUCAUCAACGUACCCGAGCUUGAGCGCGAGCGCGAGCGUAACCGCAAACAGGAGCCCCAGCCGCAGAUGCUCUUCACUGGCCCCGUCUUCAUCGGGUAUCCCAUCGAGGACGCCAUUCGCCUCAUGCAAAGCCUCCGGGGCCAACAGUGACGCGGGGGCUCGCUGGAGGGGAUAGAGACAAGUCGGGGGGGGGGAUACCGGCACGACUACUUAUUUAUAAUGACGCCACGCAAUGGCACGCUACGAUACGUUAUAACUUUGGGAUGGGAAGGGGGUUUCUGUGCUGGUUUUGUUCUUUAGCAUCAGGUCACGGACUAUCUUUGUUACGCCCAAGGGGGCACAGGGGAGGGGAGUUCCGGCCAGAUACCCAGGUUCUGAUAGUUACUUAGGAAUUGAAAUUUAUA